CAAUGCCACUAUGAUUUAUUUUUCAUAAACUUCAAAUGUUUUAUAACUGCUUCUAGUUGCCUACGGAUAUUUUUCUUUGAUACCAGUAUGCUCUCAAUAAAUUUCCUUUUUCCUUUCUAUUUCAUACCUUUCAAGGAAACUAGCCGGUUUAACGGUGUUCGUCACAGGGUCUAGCCGGGGCAUAGGAAGAGCUGUAGCUUUAAAAGUAGCCAAAGAUGUAGCCAAUGUAGUAGUAGCUGCCAAGACAACUCAAGAACGAGCUGAUCUACCAGGAACUAUUUAUUCAGUAUGCGAAGAAAGUAAGAGAAAUUAAGACAGUUUUUCUUUAUUUACCCAUAAACAUUUAAUGGUUACUGAGUAAGCGGUGAACUAGAAGAGAAAAUCUCUCAAGAAAUGUCAAAGCACCACUGCUCGUCAUCCUCAAAAUGUUUCUGAGAAGUGCCGUUAUUUAAGAGACCUUUGACAGCAAAAUAUAGCAUAAUUGACUUGUUUCCAAGCAUUGUAAUGGAAUACGAAUCGAUAGAAACAUGUAAAAUGUGGGCGCAUAUUUUAUCUUUUGCUUCAGGGUGUACAAAUCUCGGAAGCCGGCCUUGACUAUUAUAGACCUAUGUCUAUAAAUAACCACCAGAACAAUAGGAGGCCAAAACAUUAAAUAAAAGUAGCUCACAUAUAUUCAUACAAAUAAAAUGUUGGUAAUAUAACAUACAGGCUGGCCCAACGAAAAGGUAGCACCCGCAUUUGUGAGUAUCCUAGUAUAUUUUUGGAAAAACGCUCGGACGCAUCAAUAUUGAUUUUUAGGGGGACAUCUUUUCAUGUAUAGCCGUACAAUACAGGGUGAUCCAAAAAUAAAAUAUUACGUUACACUUUACAUUUUUAAAUGGAAACCAAAAUUUUUUUUAAAUUUUAGAUCUUCCAUGAAGUUUUUAGUAACUUUUACUUCAACUCCUGAGUACAUGCCACUCAAAGCAAAUCCAAUGUCAUGCCGUUCUCUUCGGCAACGUCUUACCCUUCCACGACCAACAUGCGUACCUAGACAGAAUCGCGAUUCGCCGCUGAAGAUGACAUCAGUCUCAAUCUGUCUCCCAAUGUUGCCGCUCCAGUUCCAACGUUGACGAAAGUGGUCCGCAGUCAGAGAAAGCACUAACCGUGGACGGUACGAAAAAAGUCCAAAGGCUCGAAUAUGGCGAUAGAGUGUACGCACAGUAACUAAUCUACCAUCUUCUCCAAACCAUUAGUCAGCGAUUUGACGCGUUGUAUCAAAACGGUCUCGUAGGGCCAAUCUUGACGCUUUAUGGUACGCCUCUGUGGACCAGUUGGCCUUCUUCAUGUUUCUCUACCUUCUUCUAUUCACACACGCAUCACCGUCAUUGUAGUACAAUAUAAAUAAUAAAAAAUAUCUGUAGUACUCAGCUCUCAGAAACUGCUUUCUUCACAAAAAAUAAGAGAUAACAUUUUGACGAAGGUAAAUAAAAACAAAGAUAAAACGUUGACAUUAUCGCCAUAGCGUGUUUUAAAUAUAGUCAUUACGUUGUCAAAAAAGCAAGUUGAAGAAAUUAUUUUUUCUGACGUAACACUUCUAAUGUCACUGAUUAUAUUACUGACAGUUUUUCAUUUUUAGUUGAAAAAGCAGGCGGUAAGGCACUUCCCUGCAAGGUAGAUGUUAGAGACGAAACAGCAAUACAAAAUGCCGUAGACGAAGCUGUGCAAAAGUUUGGUGGUAUAGAUAUUGUAGUUAAUAAUGCAUCUGCAAUUUCAACAGCUGGUACUCAACAUACUAAAAUUAAGCUCUAUGAAUUGAUGCACCAUGUCAACACAAGAGGAACGUUUUUAGUCUCAAAGCUGUGCUUGCCACAUUUGAAGAAAAGUAAGCAUGCCCACAUACUCAAUAUGUCACCACCAUUGAAUCUGAACCCUUUUUGGUUCAAGCACCACUUAGCAUACACCAUUUCCAAGUAUGGAAUGUCUUUGUGUGUACUAGGAAUGCACGAAGAGUUUAGACCUUUCAACAUUGCUGUAAAUGCCCUCUGGCCUCUGUCAGCAAUUCAUACAUCAGCCAUGGACUUGAUACAGGAAGGCAUAGAAAGAAAAUCCUUUGGUCGCAAGCCAGAGAUGGUAGCUGAUGCAGCUUAUGCUAUUAUUACCCAGGACCCGAAAAAUUGCACUGGAAAUUUCUUUGUGGAUGAAAAAGUGCUCAAUGAUGCUGGGAUUACUGAUAUGACUCAGUAUCUACACGCACCAGAUAACCAAGACAGGAUCUUGCCAGAUUUAUUCUUCGACGGGUCUAUACCAUAUCUUUCAAAAGAUUUCUAUGUACCUAGAAAAAAAAGCAAAAAGAUAGAAGAAAAACCAAAUGCUGCGGGUAGCAAAACUGAAGAGCAACCACACGGCGACGUUGCCAGCCUAUUCAAGAAAAUUGGGACCUCAAUCUCACCAGAAAUGGUACAAAAAACAAGAGCUAUCUUUGUUUUUAAUUUGACCGGUCAAGAAACAGGAAAGUGGUAUAUUGACUUGAAAAACGAAAAUGGAAGUUGUGGACCUGGAGAACCUUCAGUAAAACCCGAUGCAACUAUCACCAUGGAUUGCAAACAUUUUUUCAGUAUGGUCUCAGGCCAGUUAAAGCCCGCUACUGCUUUCAUGAUGGAAAGAAUGAAAGUUGAAGGAAAUAUGCAGCAAGCUUUGAAACUCGAAAAACUCAUGGCAAUUAUAAAGGAUAAACUAUGAGGUUCUACGAUAGACAAUUAUCUAUUUUGAGUAUAUAGUUUUUUGAAUAAAUUAUUUCUCGGGUGAGAUCAAAUAAUAACCUAUAGUCGUCUUGUUCGUCGUACCACACUUGUGGAAGAUUUCAAUUUUGUUUACAAUACCUCAAGAAACCUGCCAUGCAUUUAUUUGUUCAAGACCCCGAAGAAAACUCAUGGAAAAUGGCUUUUCGCUAGAUUUUUAAAAAUGCAUGUUGUACGAGGGUUGUCUCAAAUAUAAGUUUCCCAACGCUGUAUUUUUGCCGCGUGUGAUGCUAGGCGAAAUCUGGCAACACCAUCGAGUUCGACGACUCCCCCACCGCCGAUCCCAACAAGAAGCCCCUAUUUGCCAUGCUCAGUACCGGCCCGAGAGCCCCGUGCAAUGGAGGCGUUCAUCGCCGUCACCGCCAGGUGCAAAAUUCGUGUGGUCAUCCGAUUUUUGCAAGCAAAAACGUGACCACCCAUAGAAGUUCAUCGCCACUUGAGUGAAGUAUAUGGGGAAGCGUGCAUAAACAGUCAUCAUGUCCUCAAAUGAUGAAGAGAGUGCUCAGACGGACGCAUGGACGUCCACGAUGAACAACGAAGCAUCUCCGAGGAAGUUAUGACGACGAUCCAUCAAAUCUUGCUUGAAGAUCGACGAAUCACGAUCCGAGAACUAGCGGUUGAAAUUCCUGAGGCUUCUGAAAAAGCUGAGACAAGCAAUCCAAAAUUGUCGUACAUCAAACGAAGGACUUAAUCGAGCGAUUUGGCACCUAGGGAUUUCAAGCUGUUUCCCAAAUUUAAGGAGCACGUAGGCGGUCACAGGUUUGAGGCGGAUGAGGAGUUGCAAGAAGCAGUUACAAAAUUUCUAAAUGGGCUGGCGCCGGAAUUCCUUGAGGCGGAAUGCAAAGGCGCAUUACACGUCUGCAAAAAUGAAUAGAAAAAAAAUGGCGACUCUGUAGAAAAAUAGAUCAACAUUUGCAAUGGUAAAUUUGUUUUUCAAAUAAAAAAUUCCUUGUGCCUGAAAAAAAUGUGGUAACCUUAUUUUUGAAACAACUCUCGUAUCAGCCGAACGUGUGAUAUCUCCCAGAACAUUAUAUCCCCAAAAAAUUCCUCAAGAAAAAUCUCCCAUAUUUGGAGGAAAAUCCUCCAACAUGGCAACCCUGUCAAAGCACCACGUGUACUCCAGACGCCAAGUUUCUUGAACGUUUUUACAGCACGAACAGCAUUGGUGUCCUUUCUCCACUUAUUUUUAUACAUCACAUGUCAAGCACAGAUAUUUCUAAUCGACA